UCGAGUGAGAUGGUGGGGGCAGAUGGGGCUGUCAGUUGCUUGUGUGGAAUCUGAAACCAAACCUGCUCACAGACAGCCAGCACAUUGUGUGUUGACUCAGGCUGUGAUGCUGUGUUUAAUGCGGGCUGCUCUGCUGUGAGCCGUGUCUUGGCUCAGGCUGGUGAAGAGUGUGUUGUGACUCUGAUGUACUGCAUGGACUUCUCUCUUUACCUCUGGAGCCCCAUGUGGCUUUAGGCUGCUGAUCUUCGGUUGCGGCUGCCGUCCGUCCUGUCAUUUCCCCACGGAGACCUACCCAGCAGGUAGAUAGUCUGAGCAGUCAAGGGAAAAGUUUAUGACAGCAGCUCAUUCCAGCCAUGCUCACAGAGAGCCAGUCUGAAUGCUACUCUCUCUCUCUUUCUCUCUUUCUCACUCUCUCUCUCACUCUCUCUCUCUUGCUCAUGCUCUCUCCAGUCAGCUCGCUCAUGCACUCUCUCUAGUCAGCCAACUCACAGCUCUCUGACGCAGCUGACCAGCUUCAUGAAGGUGACAACAGAGACAGAGGAGUGCUCUGGCUAAAGAAGUAGAGAUUCUCUCUCUCUUCUAACCAAGGAUUUUAAGCUCUUUCUGAGUAAUGGGACUAACUGUGGAUUUAUGAUUUCUUUCUGGGACUGUAAACACGUCACACCUGGAUAUUACGGAGAGGCUGUUUACUAGGGGAGAUCUACUGGAGAUCUAGUGGACAGCUAGUGGAGAUCUACUGGUUUGACCACCAUGGAGGAGCAGGCGGUGUCCAACAGCAGUCCCCAGCACGGCCGAGAUCUGGGCAUGCAGAACGUCAUCAGAUGUGGAUGGCUGAGGAAGCAGGGAGGCUUUGUGAAGACUUGGCACACACGCUGGUUUGUACUCCGAGGUGAACAGCUACACUACUACAAAGACGAGGAGGAGACUAAAGCCCUGGGGACCAUUCUUUUAUCUGGAAACAGAGUUACUGAGCAUCCCAGCAAUGGGGACGAGGAUGGAAAAUUCCUGUUUGAGGUUGUUGCAGGGGGAGACAGGGAGCGGAUGACAGUGAAUCAUGAGACCUACCUUCUUAUGGCCAGCACCCAGAAUGACAUGGAGGAUUGGGUAAAGACCAUCCGCAGGGUUAUAUGGGCACCCUUUGGUGGAGGUAUUUUUGGUCAAAAGUUGGAGGAGACGGUACGGUUUGAGAGGCGUUAUGGGAGCAAGCAGGCCCCUAUGCUGGUCGAGCAGUGUGUGGACUUCAUACGACAGUGGGGCCUACGGGAGGAAGGGCUCUUCAGGCUGCCAGGGCAGGCCAACCUGGUCAAAGAACUCCAGGACUCCUUUGACUGUGGAGAGAAGCCCUCCUUCGACUGUAAUACAGAUGUCCAUACAGUAGCCUCUCUACUCAAGCUGUAUCUCAGAGAGCUGCCAGAGCCAGUCAUCCCCUUCUCCAAGUUUGAUGAGUUCCUCUCCUGCACUAAGCUGCUCAGCAAAGACGAGGAAUCUGGAAUGAAGGAAUUGAAAAGACAAGUGGAAUGCUUACCUCCAGUCAACUACAAUCUGCUACAGUACAUAUGCAGAUUUCUAGAUGAAGUCCAGUCCUAUUCAGGUGUGAAUAAGAUGAGUGUCCAGAACUUGGCCACGGUCUUUGGUCCAAAUAUACUGCGGCCAAAGAUUGAAGAUCCUGUAGCAAUCUUGGAAGGUACCGUGCUGGUGCAGCAGCUGAUGUCUGUUCUGAUUGGUCGUCACGACGUCCUGUUCCCCAGACACGAGGACAGUCCUACGACACUGGAGCUGGUCAACAACAACAACAACGAGAGGAGGCCGACCCAGACGGUGACUGUAGGCCAGCAGCUGCAAAACUCCCCAGAACAGAACAACAACACCCAGAAUACACCUGGGGUUAGACAUUGUUCCUGGGACACCCCCAAGUCACCCCACCGCCAGCCCCUGGUAAAAUUAGACAACAACGGCUCUGGUUCCCCCCGCUCAGCCAGCCCCCGGAACAGCCAGGUUACCAGGCGGUUCAACCUGGCCCGCAGCCCACCAUUAACCGUUAAGAAGAAUCCAGCGUUCUCCAAGGGCAGUGGCAUCGUCACCAACGGCUCGUUUAGUUCCUCGUCCUCCGGGGAUGCAGCCCACCAGGACAAGAGCCAGACUUUACCCGGCAACACAGGAGGCAACAUCAGCCUCCAGGCUCGAUGCACCGGCACACUGAAGGGCUCGGGCACCAAGAUGGGCACCAGCGGGAUCCCUAAUGGAGGAGGUGUCCGCAUGGGCGUUUCGAGUACUGACGUGGUGAACGGCACGCUGAAUGGGCGCAAUGGGUUGUGGGUGCCCAACGGCUACACAGUCACCUUACGAGACAGCAAGUCCUGGGACUGUGGGGAGCAGACGACAGCCCAGAACCGGCUGUCCACCUAUGACAAUGUUCAGCAGCAACAACAACAACAGUUACAGAAUCAACAACAGCCGUUUCUCAGUUCCAGUUGUGAAGACAAGCAAAGUGUGGACAGUGCUACGUGGUCCACCUCCUCCUGUGAGAUCUCUCUACCAGACAACUCCAUGUCCUGCCGGUCCUCCACCACCACUUGCCCAGAACAGGACUUCUACAGGGGGCUAGGACACUUCGAGGACCCCCUGCUGCUGCUGGAUGGACCUGGGGGGCUCUCUUCCCUCGACGAGCAGCCUCAGCCAGGGGAGGACCUGGAGGGGAAAUGGGAGCAGAGGAACGGGGGUGGAGGUGAAGAAGGAAGGGGUAGCAGGGCCACCAGCAGUAGUGAUAACAGUGAGACGUUCCCCGUCAGUAACGGACCCAGUAGUCACAGUGCUCUACACAGCCUGGUGGCUAGUCUGAAACAGGAGAUGCAGAAGCAGAAGACAGAGUACGAGGUCAGGAUAAAGAGCUUGGAGCACUGUAACCUGGAGUUGGAGACUGAGAUGGAGGCUCUCCACGAGGAGCUGGACCAGGAGAGGAAGAAGUACACAAUGGUGGAGAUCAAGCUCCGUAAUGCCGAGCGGGCCAAGGGUGAUGCGGAGAAGAGGAAUGAGAUGCUUCAGAAAGAGAUGGAGCAGUUCUUCUCUACCUUCGGCGAUCUGACCGCCGACCCACGCGGACCAGACCGGGCCAAUACCAUCUGGAUCCAGUGAGGGGUGUGUGGAGAGUGGGCUGUAGCACCUGCAACUUGUGAAAGGGGGGUGGGAGAAUGUACCUAGGACUCAAGGAGACUCAUUGAGAAGGACAAUACUGUCUGGAUCCAGUGAGUGAGUUGGAAUUGCAGAUUGGGAUGUACUAUCUAGGGGGCUGAAAGUGGUUGGAAGAAUGCGAAAUAAGGAGACACGUACAUUGAGAGAGACAUAGUAGGACUGUACCACCUGGAUUGAGUGAGGGGUGAGAGAGAGUGGGAGAAUGUAAGGAGGCACUAGCCUUUGGAUCCAGUGAGAGGAGUGCAGAUUGGACUGUACCACCUGAAUCUAGUAAGAGGGGUGGGAGAGAAUGUAUGGAGACAUAUUGAAAGGGACAAUAAUGUCUGAAUGAAAGCAGGAGACGGGUAGAGGGACAAGACUCGACUAUAUGGAUUCAAUGUGAAGUGAGAUGGGGUGCUGCUGGAUCUCAACUAUUCUGACUGACUGUGGCAAUAUUAGUGAAGAUAUCAGGGGGCUGGAUAUCUGCCUUACCCUACAUGUACUCCUCCUGAAAGACUAAACUACCCAGAAAACCCUUCUCCCCAUUUACCUUUACAAUUCAACCAAAUAUAUAACCAUCCCCUUGUUACUGUUACAUGGUAUCCUGUAUCUGCCUAGCCUGAAUGCCAGCCUGCUUGUUCUAUCAUUCUAACUCCCUGUCAGUUGUCUGAGUUGGCAACGGCACAAACAGAUCUGGGACCAAGCUAGUAUCUGCCUGUGUACAUAGUGGGAAAACAAGGCUGAAGAAAACCAUAUUAUGUAUGUAAACAUUUUUACAAAAAUAUUUGCAUGUUUGUCUGAUAUUUAAACAACAGAACUAUCCAUGUGUGACAUUUACAUUUUAUAUCAAGGCUUUUCCCUUUUUUUCAAUGUGGUGGUAUUGAAUGACUUUAUGUACGGCGAUUUUAUUUUCUGUCUCAAAUUGAGUUUAUAUAAGUUGUAUCAGUGCCAUUUCACUCAUCCCAUGACCAAAAAAGGAGAGACAGAAGUGAACAUGUAAAUAUUUUAUAAAAUAUGGUAGACAUUUUGCUUUAUUUGUCUGUACUGUGGCUUUAAGCAUUUUCAGACAAGAAUGGUAUGGGUAGUAAUGAAGAAUGUUUUGUAGGUUAUAUUACACCUACAUACAAGUCUGCCAAGGUUAGUGAUGAUUCAACAAUGUGGUCAUCUAAUUGAUAUGUAUCAUGAACUGAAAUUGUAUUUGGUAAUAAGACACACAUUACUUGUUCUUGGAGGUUUGGUACCAGUCUAUGUCAAUCUACUGAAAAAGAACACUGUAGCUGUGAUGAUUAUGUGAGUGUUCAAUGGGUACUGUAGUACAUGGGUUACUGUACCUACUAUAGUUCUUGUGAAGCAUCAGUGUCAAGAGGUGAGUAGAAUAGGAUUUCUCUGUGCUGGUUCUGAAGCACUCCUGGGUAGACUGUAGAUAGUCUUUUUCAAGAUUGUAAUAUAGAGCACAUAUAACAGAUAACUGUUUAUAGUGGUACAGAUGCAGACUGCAGGAGCAUAACCCUGGACCUUGUGGUGUAUUAUGGUGGUGUAGAGAGGCACUCUGUCGUGUAGAAUAGGGUUUCUCUGUGCUGGUUCUCACUCAGAUCCACUUGUCAAAAUCACCUGGUGUUGAUACUUACAGGCAGAGUGCCUUUGUAGCACCAUAGAAAUAGAUACUAGCCCAUAGUAACAGUGUGUUGCCAUUACAGACGAAGUGCUAGCCGAUUGUAAGAGUAUGUUGUGAAUCUUUAGCGUUACUGUGAACCAAAGGGGGUGUGGCUUGUGUGCCUGUGAGGGUCCUCUAGUCCCUAAAUAUCACAGCUAGGUUGGUGUUGGUUGACCUUGUGAGAGUACCCAAAUACAGCAGAACGUGUGCUAGUGCGCGAGUAAAGUGUGUAUUGUGGGGACAUUGGGAAAGUUUACUUUUCUGAUGUAGCUUUAAAAGUGACUGUCUUCAGAUUGCUAAACUACACAGCUACAGUAUGUUUGGACCUGUGGCAAAUGUGGGUGGUGGACACUUGUGUCUCUGUCAUACAGACUCAGACACUCACAGUGACAAGGACCUGGUGCUACUGUCAAUGGGGCUGAUGUGGAUGCGGUGUCGGAGUCAGGCGCAGGACACAGAA